CACCAUUAGAAGAUCUAAUAUGAGACAAGCGACUAACAAAUACAAAUCCAAUAGUUUCUAACAUGUCCCAAAGUUACAAUGAGUGGGGUCCAAUUAAAACAGACUUCCAACCAAAAGGCUUUGCUUGUUUAUUCAAUAAUAGAAGCUGACGAUUGGAUUCAGCUGUAACCUAUGCUGUUGAGUUUAAAAUAUAGGUUUGCCAUACUCUAAGAAGAUUUGCUCAGAUCUUGUUGUAGACCCAUAUUAGUAUAUAAAAUGCUCACAUCAUUACCCACUUCUAAUAUUCCUCUGUUUUAACAACUACUCCCCCCAAAUUCGAAGAAGCUUUGGCAAAAAAAUGGUCAAAGUUGACAGUUUCAAGGAAUUUUAGAUGCAUGUGUCUAGUGGCAGAUAAGAACAUCUUUACAGUAAUCACUAAUCAAAAACUAAAUAGAAUAUUUAUUAUGUAGUGCCCUAUUAAACCCUGUAGCAGAUGGGAUUGGGUACCCACAAAUAUGCUACUUGAUCAUAUUUAUAUUUGAUUUGUUUAUGGUAAUCUAAGGUUGAGAUUUAAGACAAUACAUAAAUCUACUUGCUCAUUAGUUAGUCAAGAUAAUUAACAUUUAAUAUUCUAAUUAAGUACAGUAAAAGAGGUUUUAUUAGCAAAAGUUGAGCACCUUCCAGGUGAUUGCAUCCCCACUAAUUUUGACUUCUGGGGUUGGAGUAAAUCUAAUAUUACGUUGUUCUCCAAAAGCAUGGAAUCAGUGUUUCAAAUGCCCAAGUUGAUAAUCAAAAUGUUUAUGGACCAUGGGUUCCUCUUUAAGAAAACAGAGUGAAUCCCCUUUGAUAGAGGAAAGUUUGAACCGUAUCUAACUAUAAUAAGGAAAAGUUUUAACCCAAUACUGCAUAUGACGGCUCCUUCCAUUUGAUUCUUAUUGAUUUUUUUUCAUUUCUUCAUCACCUUUAAUAAUGGACUCAUUUAUAUUUCUACUGUUCUUUAUUAUAAACUUAUCUUGUGUUUGGGUUCAUUGCAUCCUGAACACAAAAUGAGCUCAUUAUAAAUUGCAUAGAGAGAAGAACAACUAAUAACAGCAUUAUUGUUUCUAAGAGCUAUAUAGACAACUUCAUAUUCUUCAUUAAUUUUUGAGGAAAAUGGAGAGGAAUGUGGUGGAAGAACAAGGAGUUGCAGAGACUACCCUUCUUUCCCCUAGAUUGGAUGGAGGAGAAGGCUUCCAUGUUGAAGAGAAGAAGCUUCGGAUCUUCGGUUUUGAGGUGGAUCCCUAUACAAAUGAUGGUCAGAGCUCUAGAGUGUCUGAGGAAGGAGAUGAAAGUGUAAGUUCUUCAAACACAGUUUUGCCUAGACAGAAAUCUGUGAAGGAGAAGAGUGGUACUACUACUACUACUCCAGCACCUGAAAUGGAUGAUAAGAAGUAUGAGUGUCAAUUUUGUUUCAAAGGGUUUGCAAACUCACAGGCUCUUGGUGGUCACCAAAAUGCUCAUAAAAAGGAGAGGCUGAAGAAGAAAAGACUUCAACUUCAAGCAAGGAAGGCAAGCCUAAGUUGUUACCUUCAACCUCUCCAGAAUCACCAUGGUUUCAGUUUCCAUCUUUCCCCUCCAUGGUUCUAUGAACCUUCUUCUUCCUAUAUAACUGAUCAAUUUACACCUUUUGAAGAUCCACAAGUUAGUUUCAAUCCCUUCACUCAAAAAGCAUACUUUAAUGGCUCUCCUCUCACAAAAUCAUAUGCUUUACCCUCUAUUCUCCCAGCUCCACAAGAUACUUGUAAAUUCACUGUGACACCCACAAACAGUUCGAUCCAGAAUGGACCUUCAUUGAUCAAGCCUUCCCCUUUGCCUAUUUCCAAGCAAAGUUGUAAGAGUCUGGAACUUCAACUAGGGCUUGCCAUGCAACCAAAUGUCUGAAUAUCUUCUAACAAUGGCUUAGGACAAAUCCCAGUACUGCUUAAUUACUUAGAAGCUUUUGACU